GAAAACGCAGCGCGGAUCGCGGCGCCGCGGGCCCUGCGCGAGCCGCCGGGCUCCAGAGAUUAUUUCUCUUUAUUCAGAAGCAUAAAGUUGUUUGCUGAUUGCAAGAAGAUGUUUCUUUGGCUCUUUCUGGUUUUGUCAGCCCCGAUUUCUUCGACAAAUGCAGAUUCUGACAUAUCGGUGGAAAUUUGCAGUGUGUGCUCCUGCAUGUCAGUUGAAAAUGUGCUCUAUGUCAACUGUGAGAAGGUUUCAGUCUACAGACCAAAUCAGCUGAAACCACCAUGGUCUAACUUUUAUCACCUCAAUUUCCAAAACAACUUUUUAAAUAUCCUCUAUCCAAAUACCUUCUUGAAUUUUUCACACGCAGUAUCCCUGCAGCUGGGAAAUAAUAAACUGCAGAACAUUGAGGGAGGAGCCUUUCUUGGGCUGAGUGCAUUAAAGCAGUUGCACUUGAACAACAAUGAAUUAAAGAUUCUCCGAGCUGACACUUUCCUUGGCAUAGAGAACUUGGAGUAUCUCCAGGCUGACUACAAUUUAAUCAAGUAUAUUGAACGAGGAGCCUUCAAUAAGCUCCACAAACUGAAAGUUCUCAUUCUUAAUGACAAUCUGAUUUCAUUCCUGCCUGACAAUAUUUUCCGAUUCGCAUCUUUGACCCAUCUGGAUAUACGAGGGAACAGAAUCCAGAAGCUCCCGUAUAUCGGAGUUCUGGAACACAUCGGCCGUGUCGUCGAAUUGCAACUGGAAGAUAACCCUUGGAACUGUAGCUGUGAUUUGUUGCCUUUAAAAGCUUGGCUGGAGAACAUGCCAUAUAAUAUUUACAUAGGAGAAGCUAUCUGUGAAACUCCCAGUGACUUAUAUGGAAGGCUCUUAAAAGAAACCAACAAACAAGAAUUAUGCCCUAUGGGCACAGGCAGUGAUUUCGAUGUGCGCAUCCUGCCACCAUCUCAGCUGGAAAACGGCUACACCACUCCCAACGGUCACACCACCCAAACGUCCUUGCACAGAUUGGUUACCAAACCACCGAAAACAACAAAUCCUUCCAAGAUCUCUGGAAUCGUGGCGGGCAAAGCCCUCUCCAACCGCAGUCUCAGUCAGAUUGUGUCUUACCAGACCAGGGUGCCUCCUCUGACACCUUGCCCAGCCCCUUGCUUCUGCAAGACCCAUCCCUCGGAUUUGGGACUGAGUGUCAACUGCCAAGAGAAAAACAUACAAUCCAUAUCCGAACUGAUACCGAAACCUUUAAAUGCCAAGAAGUUGCACGUCAACGGCAAUAGCAUCAAAGACGUGGACGUCUCAGACUUCACUGAGUUCGAAGGACUAGAUUUGCUCCACUUAGGCAGCAAUGAGAUUACAGUGAUCAAGGGAGAUGUAUUCCACAACCUCACUAAUUUACGCAGGCUGUAUCUCAAUGGCAAUCAGAUAGAAAGGCUAUAUCCUGAAAUAUUUUCAGGCCUUCACAACCUGCAGUACCUGUAUUUGGAAUACAAUUUGAUUAAGGAAAUCUCGGCAGGCACCUUUGACUCGAUGACGAAUUUGCAGUUACUGUACUUAAACAAUAAUCUACUAAAGAGCCUGCCUGUUUACAUUUUUUCCGGAGCGCCCCUGGCGAGACUGAACCUGAGAAACAACAAAUUCAUGUACCUACCUGUCAGCGGAGUCCUCGAUCAGCUGCAGUCCCUUACACAGAUUGACUUGGAGGGCAAUCCUUGGGACUGCACCUGUGACUUGGUGGCAUUAAAAUUGUGGCUGGAGAAGUUGAACGACGGGAUUGUCGUGAAAGAACUGAAAUGCGAGACGCCCGUUCAGUUUGCCAACAUUGAGCUGAAGUCCCUCAAAAAUGAAAUCUUAUGUCCCAAACUCUUAAACAAGCCAUUGGCACCAUUCACGAGCCCUGCACCUGCCAUUACAUUCACCACCCCGCUGGGGCCCAUUCGAAGUCCUCCUGGGGGCCCCGUGCCACUGUCCAUCUUAAUCUUGAGUAUCUUAGUGGUCCUCAUUCUAACUGUGUUCGUGGCUUUCUGCCUUCUGGUUUUCGUGCUGCAACGCAACAAGAAACCUACGGUGAAGCACGAAGGCUUGGGGAAUCCCGAGUGUGGCUCCAUGCAGCUGCAGCUGCGGAAGCAUGACCACAAAACCAAUAAAAAAGAUGGACUGAGCACAGAAGCUUUCAUUCCACAAACCAUAGAACAGAUGAGCAAGAGCCACACCUGUGGCUUGAAAGAGGCCGAAACCGGGUUCAUGUUUGCAGAUCCUCCAGGACAGAAAGUCAUUAUGAGAAAUGCUGCCGAAAAGGAGAAAGAUUUAUUACACGUGGAUACCCGAAAGAGACUGAGCACAAUUGAUGAGCUGGAUGAAUUAUUCCCUAGCCGGGAUUCCAAUGUGUUUAUUCAGAAUUUUCUUGAAAGCAAAAAGGAGUACAAUAGCAUAGGUGUCAGUGGCUUCGAGAUCCGCUAUCCGGAGAAACAGCAAGACAAAAAAAACAAGAAGUCGCUGAUAGGAGGCAACCACAGUAAAAUUGUUGUGGAGCAAAGGAAGAGCGAGUAUUCUGAACUGAAGGCAAAACUUCAGAGUUCCCCUGACUACCUACAGGUCCUGGAGGAGCAGACAGCUUUGAACAAGAUCUAGGUCAUGCAAUCUUGCUUAAUACAGAGGACAUUUAUUUAAUGAUGAAAGUGCCUUUUGUUGACUUAAAACUUCCAAAUACUAUAUUAGCAAUAGGCAUAGAGGCAGGUGUUUCCAAGGGUGUCUCAUUAACUGUAGCUGCAGAGAUGUGUGAAAUAGAAACGAAUUUCCUUAAUAGAUUUUACUACAUAAAACCUAUACUGUGGAGUCCUGUGGGGAUACUGCAAACUCUAUUGCCAAAGGGAUGCUUUAUACAUAUAAUACACUGAAUUUAACCUCAAGAGGCAAAUCUGUUUUGUACCCUAGAUGCAAAACCUUCGUCUCUUUGUGCUUUGUAAAGCAAACUGAAGAAAACUGGUACCAGUGUUCGUACCUCAGCUGGGUCCCUCAUCUUGCAUGUCGAUUAUGUCGGUGGAACUGGAAUAAUCCUUUUGAUUUGUGGCAUUGUUAACAACUCUGUGUAAAGAUUAUCGGAAAAGUUAACAAAAAAAAAGCAUGCAAAGAGAGAACUUUCGAUAGCAUUUGUAAAUCAGAACCUUUAUGGCCUGCAUCUUGAAACCGCUGGAUUUAUAAUGUUAAAUUGUGCAAAUAUUUGUUUAAAAUAUACCAUGCAUUACAUAACUAUAAAAUAAAUUUGAACACUUUAAGCAUUAACUGUCUAUACAUAAAAAAUUCAGAGAAAAAAAAUCAACGUGAGUUACAUAGCAUUUGUGGUGAUCUGAAGAAAUACGUGAUGUUUAUCAGAAUUAAACAUGACUCAAAUUAAACUAACACUAGAGUUUGUUCUCAGUUAUGUGAAAUACCCACAAUCCUUAAAGGUUGUCCAAAAUUAGCAAAGUGCUUACCGUGUGAGCGCACCCAAAGCUAUUUUUGUAACAUAAUUCAUAUUUAUGAAGUACUUUGUAUACUAAAUAGGAAAAUAUGUACUCCUUAAUAUGUAUUUAAUAUGCCUGACUUGUUUUCCUGAUCACAGUGAACUUAUCAAUAAGUAUAAAUGUAGACAGGAAAAUUAUACCAAACUGAAACUGAAGCUGAUAUGUAUAGAAGUCCUGGACAUUGUGAUCAGGUAUAAUUUUAAAACAAGAAAAACAACAAAAAAUGAAAAAAGCAAAACAAAAAUACAAAAAAAAAAAAACAGUUCUGUGCUAUCCUUGUGAAAUUAGCAUAUUAUCUUCAGAUUUGUUGCCAGUU